AUGAUGUGCUUCAAGAUUCUGAGGGUGAGCCUGGUAGUUCUGGUUGGGUGGGCGCUCAGUACUGUCAGCUCGGAGCUGGGCUGGAUGCGCAAGAGAUCCUUGGCCCAAAGAGGACGCCUGAGCCAGGUGCUGUCGGAAGGAGAGCGCUGUUGGCUGGGGGUCAAGGUUCGAAGACCCAGAGUUGCUCCUGAGCAUCACCUCUUUGGGGUCUAUCCCAGCCGGCCUGGGGACUACCUGAGGCCCUACCUUGCAGGAGAUCAGGGAAGGCAUCAUGCAGGACGCAGUAAGCUGGAUGCCGAGGGAAUGGCUGUGAGCUCUGUCCCCCCAGACCCAACUGCAAGUGCAAGAGUGAGGAGUGAGGCUGAGCGGCCAGCCGCUCCAUGGGGAGGGGACAGUCCUAUUGGGCAGUCGGAGCUACUGGGAGAUGAUGACACUUAUCUUGGCGAUGGAGGAUCCAAGGAGCCUCUAGGUGAGGCUGGGGCUCCAGAAGGCACAGCCUCGGCUGCCACCAUGAUCACCACCUUCCCAUGCCCAAAGGAAUCUGGACCAGAGACCCAAAGGAAGGGCUGGACCAAGACCAGGCGUCGGCGCCAGGUGGUGAAGGGACAGGCAGGAGGAAUGCGGGGAGACCCCAAGUUUGUGCCCCAGCACUUCCAGCCUUGGCCUAAACAUCCCCUCAUGCCUAGGGUCCGAACCGGCCCAUCAGAGGGUGGCAUCCGGAAUGGUGGAGGGGACCCCGCCUGGGAAGCAGAGACUGUGAGCCCCCAAGAAAGACUGCCUGUCUUGUACUUCUCUGGGAGGCGGGAGCCGCUGCUGCUGCGUCCAGAAGUGCUGGCUGACAUUCCCCGGGAGGCGUUCACAGUGGAAGCCUGGGUGAGACCGGAGGGAGGCCAGAACAGCCCAGCCAUCAUCGCAGGUGUGUUUGAUAACUGCUCCCACACUAUCAGUGACAAGGGCUGGGCCCUGGGGAUCCGCUCAGGGAAGGAUGUGGGAAGGCGAGAUGCUCGCUUCUUCUUCUCUCUCCGCACCGACCGAGUGAAGAAAGCCACCACUGUGAUGGGCCACAGUCGCUACCAGCCGGGCAAGUGGACGCACGUGGCAGCCACUUACGAUGGACAGCGCAUGGCCUUGUAUGUGGAUGGCACUCAGGUGGCUAGUAGUCCAGAUCAGUCUGGCCCCCUGAACAGCCCCUUCAUGGCAUCUUGUCGCUCUUUGCUCCUCGGGGGGGAUAGCUCGGAGAACGGGCACUCUUUCCGUGGACACCUGGGCACACUGGUCUUCUGGUCGACAGCCCUCCCACAGAGCCACCUUCAGCACAGUCCUCAGCAGCCAAUGGAGGUGGAGGAUUUGACCACCCUGCUACUGACCGCCAGUUUUGAGGCCCUGGAAGAACAGUGGGCCCCCUUUAGAGACGGGAAGUACCCACGGCUUGAGGUUCUCCAGGGCUUUGAGUCAGAGCCUGAGAUUCUGUCCCCUCUGCAGCCGCCGCUCUGUGGGCAGACAGCGUGCGACAACGUGGAACUGAUAUCUCAGUACAAUGGGCACUGGCCCCUCCGGGGAGAGAAGGUGAUCCGCUACCAGGUGGUGAACAUCUGUGACGACGAGGGUCUGAACCCCACGGUGAGUGAGGAGCAGAUCCGUCGGCAGCACGAGGUGCUCAACGAAGCCUUCGGCCGCUACAACAUCAGCUGGCAGCUGAGCAUCCACCACGUCCACAACUCCACCCUGCGCCACCGCGUCGUGCUGGUGAACUGUGAGCCCAGCAAAAUCGGCAACGACCACUGUGACCCCGAGUGUGAGCACCCACUCACGGGCUACGACGGGGGUGACUGCCGCCUGCAGGGCCGGUGCUACUCCUGGAACCGCAGGGACGGGCUCUGCCAUGUGGAGUGCAACAACAUGCUGAACGACUUCGACGACGGCGACUGCUGUGACCCAGACACGGCUGAGGUGCACAAGACCUGCUUUGACCCUGACUCACCCAGGAGGGCAUACAUGAGUGUGAAGGAGCUGAAGGAGGCACUGCAGCUCAACAGCACCCACUUCCUCAAUGUCUACUUCGCCAGCUCAGUAAGAGAAGAGCUCGCAGGCGCUGCCACCUGGCCUUGGGACAAGGAAGCCGUCAGUCACCUGGGUGGUGUUGUCCUCAACCCAGCCUAUUAUGGCAUGCCUGGCCACACCAACAUCAUGAUCCAUGAGGUGGGGCAUGUCCUGGGGCUCUACCAUGUCUUCAAAGGGGUCAGUGAAAGAGAAUCCUGCGAUGACCCCUGCAGGGAGACCGUGCCGUCCAUGGAGACAGGAGACCUCUGCGCCGACACUGCCCCCACUCCCAAGAGUAAGCUGUGCCAGGACCCAGAGCCUGCCAAUGACACCUGUGGCUUCACCCACUUCCCAGGGGCUCCAUUCAGCAACUACAUGAGUUAUACAGAUGAUGCCUGCACUGACAGCUUCACCCCCAACCAAGUGGCCCGAAUGCACUGCUAUCUGGACCUUGUGUAUCAGCAGUGGAGCCAGAGCCGGAAGCCCACCCCCAUCCCCAUCCCCCCCGUGGUCAUCGGGCAGACUCCCAAGUCCCUCACUAUCCACUGGCUGCCUCCAAUUAGUGGCGUUGUGUAUGACAGGGUCCCCGGCAGCGUGUGUGGUGCCUGCACUGAAGAUGGGACGUUCCGUCAGUAUGUGCACACAGCUUCCUCCCGGCGCGUGUGUGACUCCUCAGGUUACUGGACUCCAGAGGAGGCUGUGGGCCCUCCAGAUGUGGAUCAACCUUGUGAGCCGAGUUUGCAGGCCUGGAGUCCCGAGCUCCACCUAUACCACAUGAACAUGACGGUCCCCUGCCCUGCGGAAGGCUGUAGCCUGGAGCUGCUCUUUCAGCACCCGGUUCAAGCUGACACUCUCACCCUAUGGGUCACCUACCUCUCCAUGGACUCCUCCCCAGCGCUCUUUGACACGGAGAUCUUGCUGGAACACCAGAAGUCUGUGCACCUGGGCCCUUUGGACACUUUCUGUGAUGUACCGCUCACUAUCAAGCUGCAUGUUGAUGGGAAGGUCGUGGGGGUGAAAGUCUACACCUUUGAUGAGCGGAUGGAGAUUGAUGCAGCUCUCCUGACUUCUCAACCCCACAGUCCGUUGUGUUCUGGCUGCAGGCCUGUGAGGUACCAGGUUCUCCGCGAGCCCCCAUUUGCCAGUGGCUUGCCUGUGGUGGUGAUGCAUCCUCACCGGAAGUUCACAGACAUGGAGGUCAUGCCUGGGCAGAUGUACCGGUACCAAGUUCAAGCUGCAGCUGGAGCAGAACUGGGAGAAGCUUCACCUCCUCUGAGCCACAUCCAUGGAGCUCCUUACUGUGGAGAUGGGAAGGUUGCAAGGAACCUGGGAGAAGAGUGUGAUGAUGGAGACCUUUUGAAUGGAGACGGCUGCUCAAGGGCAUGUGAAUUGGAGGAAGGUUUCAACUGUGUAGGGGAACCAAGCCUGUGCUAUAUAUAUGAGGGAGAUGGAAUAUGUGAGCCUUUUGAAAAGGAAACCAGCAUUGUAGACUGUGGCCUCUAUACUCCCAGAGGAUAUCUGGAUCAGUGGGCUACCCAAGCUUUUUCUUCUCAUGAAGACAAGAAGAAAUGUCCUGUUUCCUUGGUCACUGGAGCACCUCAUUCCAUGGUUUGCACAUCAUACCAUCCAGAUUUACCAGAGCACCAUCCCCUAAUUGGCUGGUUUCCCUGCGUCCCCAGUGGAAAUAGACCUCAAGAUGAAGGGAGUAAGCAGCCAAAAGGUAGCCUGCAGAGAGAGGAUGAGGUUUGGCUCAAAGUUUGUUUCAAUAGACCAGGAGUGGCCACAGCAAUUUUCAUUUUCUUGGCAUCUGAUGGCCUGGUACCUGGGGAACGUCAGCGGCCAACAGUGACCCUUUACCUGACCGAUGUCAGUGGAAACAACCACUCUCUUGGAACCUAUGAACUGUCAUGCCAGCAUAACCCACUGGUUAUCAACAUAACUCAUCACUCAAAUGUCCUCUUCCACCAUGCCACAUCAGUGCUGCUGAAUUUCUCAACCCCGUUGGUGGGCAUCUCGGCAGUGGCUCUAAGGACAUCCUCUGACAUAAGUCCGUCAGCUCCCAACAGCUGCAUCAUCCCAGAGCACCAGGGGAAAAAUCAUCAGGGACAAAGCUGUGUCCAUCGGCCCUGUGGGGAGCAGGGCAGCUGUGUGCCAUUGCUGUUGGAUCACGCGGAUGUGGUGAACUGUACCUCUGGUGGUCCGGGUCACAUGAAGUGCUCUAUCACCUGUCAGAGGGGGUUUGCCCUUCAGGCCAGCAAUGGGCAGUACCUCAGGCCCAUGCAGAAGGAAAUCCUGCUCACGUGUUCCUCUGGGCACUGGGACUGGGCUGUGAGCUGCCAGCCCCUUGAUUGUGGUGUCCCCGACGCAUCUCUGGUGAACUACGCGACCUUCUCCUGCUCAGAGGGAACCAACUUUCUGAAACGCUGCUCUAUCUCCUGUGUCCCACCAGCCAAGCUUCAAGGUCUGAGCCCGUGGCUGACCUGCCUUGAAGACGGGCUCUGGUCUCUCCCUGAAGCCUACUGCAAGUUGGAGUGUGAUGCUCCUCCUGUAAUCCCGAAUGCCAACCUGCUCCAGCCUCGCUGCCUCCAGGGCAACCACGACGUGGGCUCUACCUGCAGAUAUGAAUGCAAACCAGGCUACUACGUGCUGGGAAGCACCAAGAAUAAAGUCAGGAACAAGUCCCUGAAGAUCCAGUGCCUGGAGGGUGGAAUCUGGGAGCAAGGCAGCUGCGUCCCAGUGGUGUGUGAGCCCCCCUCCCCUGUCUUUGAAGGCAUGUAUGAAUGCACCAAUGGCUUUGAGCUCGACAGCCAGUGUUUGCUCAACUGUAACCAGGAAAGUAAAAGGCUUCCCAUCCUCUGCACAAAGGAGGGACUGUGGACUGAGGAGUUCAAGUUAUGUGAGAACCUGCAAGGGGAAUGCCCACCACCCACCUCGGAGCUGAAUUUUGUGGAGUACAAGUGUGAACAAGGAUAUGGGAUUGGUGCAGUGUGUUCCCCAUCGUGUGUCGUCCCCCCUAGUGAUCCUGUAAUCCUUCCUGAGAACGUCACUGCUGACACCCUGGAACACUGGAUGGAACCCGUCAGAGUACAGAGCAUCGUGUGCACUGGGAGGCGUCAGUGGCACCCGGACCCCGUCCUGAUCCACUGCAUCCAGUCCUGCGAGCCUUUCCAAGCAGAUGGUUGGUGUGACACCAUCAACAACCGGGCCUACUGCCACUACGAUGGGGGAGACUGCUGCUCUUCUACACUCUCCUCCAAGAAGGUCAUUCCAUUUGCUGCUGACUGUGAUCUGGAUGAAUGCACCUGCCGAGACCCCAAGGCUGAAGAAAACCAGUAA